GAUGGAAGAACAUACAAAACGAAAAGACGAAUCGUUGAGCUUAUGCAUACAAGAAAUGAAGAGAGUUGCUGUAAAGAAGCGCUACUUUUGUGAAAUUCUACUCGACAAAAAGCUGUACGCUCGGACGAGCGUAAGCGAAAAAACAGAUACUUACUUUUGGGGGGAAAAUUUUCAAUUCAACAACUUGAACGACACUCGGGAGAUCAGCAUAGACAUCUACAGAGAAGCCGAAAGGAAGAAGAAAAAGGAUAAGAACGUGCUAAUUGGAAGCGUUCAAAUUAAUGUCGAUGAACUCAAAGGUUACGGCAUUGUUGACCGUUGGUUCACUGCUACCGCGCCCUCUAUCUCCCAAAAUAAUAGUAUACUAAUGAGACAACGAUCUUUAGAUUCCAAAGCUGAUUUUUCUCCAUUAAUUCGUGUAACUGCUCAUUAUGAGGAAAUAGAAAUAUUGCCCAACAAUUCAUACGAAAGACUAGUUCGAUACGUUGAGCAAAAUUAUAUGAAAAUUAUUUCCACAUUCGAGCCACGGAUUACAAAGGUCAAAGACAAGGAGCUAUUGGCUUCAUGUCUUGUUCGCGUAAUGCGAAAGUGUAACAAAUCUGCAGAUUUUUUGGCAAAAGUAGUUUUAGCUGAAAUUAGAAAAUCGUCUAACGCUCAUUUAACUUUACGAGGGAAUUCGGUCGCUUCUAAAGCUAUGGAAAAAUUUAUGCAGUUAGUCGGUGAACGCUAUCUGCACGAUACCUUGUCACAAUUCGUCACUAGCAUAAUCGAAAACGUCGAUUUAGACUUCGAAGUUGAUCCCACUCGUCUAAUCAACCCCAAUAACUCUUUGGAUAAACAUCAAGACAAUUUGAAACAUUACGUUGAUGUGGCUCUCUGCAAAAUUUUCGCUUCGCUAAGCUAUUUUCCGAAUGAACUUCGCCAGGUGUUUGCUAGUAUGAGAGACCAUUUAAAAGAAGAAAAUAAAUCUGAUUUGGUAGUAACUCUAAUGUCGGCAUGUGUUUUCCUGAGAUUUAUAUGUCCAGCUAUACUAUCUCCAAGUAUGCAUGGAUUAGCGAAAAAACUACCGGGAAUGAAAACUCGACGUAACUUGACGCUAGUGGCAAAGGUUAUACAAAAUUUAGCAAAUUUUUCUCAUUUUGGUACGAAGGAAGACUAUAUGAUUUUCUUCAAUUCUGUUGUUGACUCCUAUAUGGGUAGUAUGAGAAUGUUUCUUGAUCAAAUUUCUACUAAUGCGAAAAAUGCUGAUAGCGAUCAGUUAUAUUUUGAAAGCGAUGUCGAAAUUGGAAAAUAUUUAUCAAUAUUGCACUCGUUACUCGAACGACUUUUUAACGACGUGAAGGAAGGCGAGGACAAUAUAAAAGAUCCGGACUUGAAAUCGAUUCUUGAUGAUAUCCGCCACGAAUUGGAUUAUGGUAUUAAGCCGAUAUCUGAAAUCACUUUACCGACAGAAUGCGGCAACAGGCAGGGUUAUCCUACUGUACGUAGUGUAUAUGAUAAUGUUGAAGAUGAUGAUUCGGAUAAACAAGAUCAGAACGCUAAUAGUCCUAUUAGAAAACUUGUCCCUACGCCUGUUUUAACAAGUACGCCCGAUAGAAAUACAGAAGAUGUAAACAAUUCAUGGAACGCCAUUGUGUCGGCUGCCCAAGCUGUAAGUGGUCAAUAUCCAGAUAAUAUACUUCCACCUGUAGACGAUGAGGAUGAAGAAGAAUCCCGCGUUGAACGUGCAAGUCAAGUAUCAGCUAUGGCAUCUUCCGGUUAUCAAUCCCUAGGUGGCAGCUCACCUACAGAACCCCUCGCCUUUCAUAAUCCUGCUUUUAAUCACUACCGAGCAGCCUCGAGGUCGUCUAGUUCAUCAGACUCGCCUAAAGCUACAGAUUCUUUAAUAUAUCAUCACCAGUAUUCUCAUCAGCCAAAGAGAAGUGAAAAGUCCGCUAAUGAAUACGAGAACGAAAUUUUGAAACUCCGCCAUCAAUUGGCUAAAGCCGAAUCUCGUUUAGCCUCCGCCGAACAACAACUGUGCCAACAAACUACUGAGAAGAAAGAUAGUGAAGCUCAAUUGAAAGAAUUGUAUGAUAAACUAUCAUUAAUGGAAAGAAGAUUGAAGGAGGAGAAGAAAAUGAUGCAGGGAAAUUUCGGUCAGAAACAACAACAAAUCGAUAGUCAAGAGAAGAGGUUGGCCGCGUUAGACGCCGCCAAUGCUAGGCUUUUAUCUGCCUUAGCUCAUUUAAGAACACCAAACUCGCCUGAAGGCCCGAAAUUGUCACUGGACUAUUCAGCGUCAAGUUCUUGUUAA